AUGGUUCAAAAGGUAUUAUUAUUAGGAUCCGGUUUCGUUGCUAAACCCACAGUGGACAUCUUGUCUGCUACUCCAGAUGUUAAGGUUACUGUUGCUUGCAGAACUUUAAGCAAGGCUAAGGAAUUGGCUGGUGAAGUUGCCGAUGCCAUUUCUUUGGAUGUGUCUGAUGAAUCUGCUUUGGACAAGGCUGUUGCUGAACAUGAUUUGGUGAUUUCUUUAAUUCCUUACAUCUAUCACCAUUUGGUUGUUAAGUCUGCCAUCAAGAACAAGAAACAUGUGGUGACCACUUCAUACAUCAACCCUAAGUUGAAGGAAUUAGAACCAGCUAUCAAGGAAGCCGGUAUCGUUGUUAUGAAUGAAAUUGGUUUGGACCCAGGUAUCGAUCAUUUAUACGCUGUUAAGACCAUUGAAGAAGUCCACAAUGAAGGCGGUAAAAUUAAAUCUUUCCUCUCUUUCUGUGGUGGAUUACCAGCUCCUGAAGACUCUGAUAACCCAUUAGGUUACAAGUUCUCUUGGUCUUCAAGAGGUGUUCUUUUGGCCUUGACCAACUCUGCUAAGUACUGGAAGGAUGGUAAGGUUGAAGAAGUUUCGUCUGAAGACUUAAUGGCUUCCGCCAAACCCUAUUUCAUCUACCCAGGCUACGCCUUUGUUGCUUAUCCAAACAGAGACUCUACCACUUACAAGGAAUUGUACAAUAUACCUGAAGCUGAAACUGUCAUCAGAGGUACUUUAAGAUUCCAAGGAUUCCCUGAAUUCAUUAAGGUCUUGGUCGACAUUGGAUUCUUGAAGGAAGAAGAAUCUGAAACUUUCUCCUCUCCUAUUGCCUGGAAGGAUGCCACCGCCGCAUUGGUCGGAGCUGCUUCUUCAUCUGAAAAGGAUUUGGUCGCUAAGAUUACUGAAUUGGCCACUUUCAAGGAUGAAGAAGACAAAAAUAGAAUCCUUGCUGGUUUGAAGUGGUUGGGCUUAUUCUCUGACAAGCAAAUCUCUCCUAGAAAGAACCCCUUGGACACCUUGUGUGCUACUUUGGAAGAAUUGAUGCAAUAUGAAGAAGGUGAAAGGGAUUUGGUUGUCUUGCAACACAAGUUUGGCAUUGAAUGGGCCAAUGGUGAAGAAGAAGUCAGAACCUCCACUUUGGUGGAUUACGGUGAUGUCAAGGGCUACUCUUCCAUGGCUAAGUUGGUUGGUGUUCCAUGUGCUGUUGCCGCUCAACAAGUUUUGGACGGUACUUUGAGCGCUCCUGGUUUAUGGGCUCCAAUGUCUUCCAAGAUCAAUGACCCAAUCAUGAAGACCUUAAAGGACAAGUACGGUAUCUUCUUGGUUGAAAAGACCAUCUCUUAG